AUAUUAAUGUAUGUUUGCUUUUACAUCAAUGGAUUUCAUUUUUUAAUUUUAUUCUUUAGAUAAAAGAGAAAUGAUCCGUAUGCAGUCACAAAAAUUUGACUUCAACAUCAAUAUUUGGCCACAUAUAUGCUCUAAAAACAAAGAUUUGUCCCAAGCCAAUGUGAAACAAGUAAUUGGUUACCAUUUUAGCUUUCUAGUUAUUACUAUAUUUUCUAUUCAUCAUCAGGAUAAUAUUGAAUAGCUAAAAUUUGUGCUAUGCACAUCAAUAUGAUAUAAUGCAGGCAAUGCUAUCUGGGGGCAUUGAAACUACGAAUGUGACACUGACAUGGGCACUCUCAUUGCUCCUAAACAAUCGACAUGUUCUUAGAUUGGUCCAAGAAGAGCUUGAUGUCCAUGUUAGAACAGAACGAUUAGUGGAUGAGACUGUCCUCAAAGAAACUCUACGUUUAUACCCACUUGGACCACUGGCUAUACCACAUUUGUCUAUCGAAGAUUGCGUUGUUGGUGGCUACAACAUCCCGAAGUGCACACGCCUAUUAGUGAACCUAUGGAAGAUACAUCGUGAUCCUCAUGUAUGGUCCGAUCCAAACGAGUUUCGACCUGAGAGAUUCUUGACACGCCACAAGGAUGUCGAUGUUAAGGGGCAGCAUUUCGAGUUGAUACCAUUUGGCAGUGGAAGGAGAAUGUGUCGUGGAAUUUCUUUGGGGCUCCAAAUCUUGCAAAUGACACUGGCUAAUUUGAUUCAUGGGUUUGAACUUGGGACUCCUUUGGAUGAACCAGUAGAUAUGACUGAGACCUUUGGGUUAAUCAACCAUAAAGCCAACCCAUUGGAGGUCCUUCUCAUAACCCCGCGUUUGCCUACUAACCUAUAUAUAUGACAACGGGCUAUACAAUGUGAGAUAUUAGGAACUCAUGAUAAAAUGCAUAUAUGUGAACAUAUUGUAUAUGUGUUUGUGUGGGUUUAGUGCUUGAAUAUAGACCAUGGAUCUCUAUAUUCUUAUAGAUGCAUGUAUUAAUGGACCUUGUGAAAUUGAAAUAAUUUGCUUUUAUUUAUUUAUUUAUUUUUUUUGUUUC